AUGAAUCGCAUUCAAGUAGGAACCAAUAAGAAAACUGACCCAUCUGGGUAUCAACCUAACACAUUUGUACUUUCUCGAUACUGUUCCAAACGUUCUCUUGUCACUCUUCAAUCAAUGGGGAUAUCUCUUUCAAUAACUACCCCUAGAAACAUUUGGUCUAUGAAUCCAUCAUUUUCCCCAAUUUCUACAACUCCCAUGUCUUAUUCCAAUUCCAAAUUCUUUGUGAUCAAAUCUUAUAACCUUCAAGAUGUAAGAUCCUCGUAUCAUCAUAAGAUUUGGUCUUCUACGAGUUUUGGCAACCAAAGAUUAAAUAAGGCAUUUUUAGAAAGUGAAAGGGUUUUUUUAUUCUUUCUGGUUAAUGGAUCAGGACAUUAUUGUGGCAUGGCAGAAAUGAUAUCCAGAGUUGAUUUUAAUAUUGCAAGUGAUAUAUGGCAAGAAAAAUCAAGAUGGAAGGGAGUCUUUCAAAUUAAAUGGUUGGAAAUAAAGGACAUACCAAGCAAAAAUUUCAACCAUUUACUUGUACCUAGCAAUAGCUACAAGCCGGUUACAUGUUCAAGAGAUACACAAGAAUUACCAAUGGAUGUUGGGAUUUCAAUGAUGAGAAUAUUUCAAUUAUAUCUACAACAGCCUACCUAG